AAGAAGUCAAGUACGAGAAUCGGCCUUUGAGGAUGAAUCUCACGCUGGUAGACCGCUCGACCCGUGGGGACAACAUCACCAACUAUUGUAGAAAGCGCGACAGUCUAAAGAAACUCUCACCACUCUCAAAUGCGCUCCAAGUCAAGGUCUGUCCGUGCGCCGUGGACACGACUGCUUCAAAGUCCCACAACAUCGACCGGGAGCAGUCAACCAUGAUCUCCAGCAGGACGUUCCCAGCGGCUUUUGGUCAGACAAAGUCCUACUCUGCCACCAACGACGUCUCGGGCUCGCGCAAGCCUCAGCCAACAUCUACUCAGCCGGAACCACUCCAUCCAAGUCUGAAGGCUGUGCAGUAUCCUGACAGUAUGAAACAUCUGCCCCGUCUCACGCCACAGUCUUUUCGCCAACAGUUUCGCGAUCAGGGACUUGAAGGAAUCUUUGUGGAUUUUGUUAGUCUCGAUAGUCUUGGUGGAGAUCCCGGUAACAGAUUGAGAGAGCAUUUGAAGAAAAGUGGUAUGGCUAGAUACGUUGAUGGGGUUGUCCCAGGUGAUGGUGGAUUUGGGCUGAGAAAUUGAGGAAAGAGACGAGAAGGAAUGAUUUAGCGUGAUCAGUGUGUUCGUAUGAUGCGAGCAUUGAGGAAAUUUGAGUAUCAUGUUAGGCCAAACUCGAAACUUGGACGUGUACGG